UGCGCAAAGUGGACGACCAUCUCAUCGGUGACUAGCUAGUUAAUCGUAGCGUUUGGUCAGUUUAGAUCUGACCGUUGUACACAGUUAUUAUUUAACCGUGAUUUGUUGCUACCAAGCAGGAUUAACGUCACCGAGGCGUGAAAGAACAUGCCCAAAAAUAAAGGAAAGGGAGGAAAGAAUCGUCGACGUGGAAAGAACGAGAAUGAGUCUGAGAAGAGGGAGCUGGUGUUCAAAGAGGACGGACAGGAAUAUGCCCAGGUGAUAAAGAUGCUGGGCAACGGCCGUCUGGAGGCCAUGUGCUUUGACGGGACCAAGCGGCUUUGCCACAUCAGAGGAAAACUCCGGAAAAAAGUUUGGAUCAACACGUCAGACAUCAUCCUGGUCGGACUCAGGGAUUACCAGGACAACAAAGCCGACGUCAUCCUGAAGUACAACGCGGACGAGGCUCGCAGCUUGAAGGCGUACGGAGAGCUGCCCGAGCACGCCAAAAUCAACGAGACGGACACCUUCGGGCCCGGAGACGACGACGAGAUCCAGUUUGAUGACAUCGGGGACGACGACGAAGACAUUGAUGAUAUCUAAAGACCUGCUGCUGAAGGGGGGGUUGGGGGGGUUUACCAGAGAAGCUCCCGUUGGAUUGUUUAGAGCCGGUGCGCCGCGACCGAUGACCAUUAUUUCUUAUUAAGAUCAGCCUGCCAGUGUGGAAGCAUCAGCCGGCGCUUUGUUCCUCUCGCUGAGUGCACGAGAAGGAAAAGGAGACUCUGUCCAUGGUUUGGAUGGAGGAUCGGGAGCAGGCUGAUUGUAUUCAGGGUGACCACCCGGACGUGUCGCUCCAUUUCCACCUUUUUUAUUUCGUUUUUCUGCUUCUAACAUCAACAAAAUUUCUCACCUUUAUUUUUUUUUCUUCAUCGGAGACGGGCGCAGUAUCAAGGAACAUCUUUUAACGUUUAGAGGAGUCACACCGAGGCCGGAGAACAUCUUUUAACAAUGUAUUUAUAUUUCACACAGAUGUGGAAUUUAACAACAAGUACAGAAUCUCUGGGUUCGUCAAUAAAAAGAUAAAACCAUGUUUUGUUUUUCUUUUGUACUCACGUGUGGCUCUGCGUCUUUUUGAAGUUGUUUUGAACCGUGACGGUCGAUCCGGCUCGCCAAAGGACGGAGAAUAGUAUGAAUCUGAAUGUCUUCUUUAUGUUUUUUCUGUUGAUCUCUCGGCUCACCGUCUCUUUGGACCGUUGGUUCCCAAACACCCCCCCCGACCCCGACACACACCGGUAACAACCUCACGUCUAGAAAAUCAAAAUAUCAGAUAUAAAGUAGUUUAUUUUUCCUCCCCGCUUCGACUUGCCGUCCCCUGAUGGGGCCCUGCACCUCAGUUUGGGAACCUCCGGCCCGCGCGUCGCUGUCACUCUGAAUAAUGGAAGAAAUAAAAUGUUCAGUGUUUGAAGGUUGGGUUUCCAAUAAAGAUCUUAACUGUA